AUGGCAACACCCAACAAAAUGCGCGCGAAGUCAAUUGGCCACUAUAUCCUCGGAAAGACGAUAGGCGAGGGGACCUUCGGAAAAGUCAAGCUCGGCACCCACAUUCUUACUGGCGAGAAGGUGGCUGUUAAGAUUCUCGAGAAGGAGCGAAUUGUCGAUGUUGCGGAUGUGGAGAGGGUUGCCCGCGAAAUCCACAUCCUGAAGCUGGUGCAGCAUCCGCACAUAAUUCAGCUCUACGAGAUCAUAGAGACACCUCGUCAACUGUACCUGAUCAUGGAGUACUGCCCCGGUGGGGAGCUGUUCGACUACAUCGUGGCACAGGGCCGGGUGAAGGAAAGAGAGGCGUGUCGCUUCUUUCACCAGAUCAUGGCUGGCGUGGAGCAGAUACAUAGGAUGAACGUCGUCCAUCGGGAUUUGAAGCCCGAGAAUCUGCUGUUGGACGAGCAGAGAAACAUCAAGAUCGUGGAUUUCGGCCUGAGCAACACCUAUCAGGAUGGGCAGCUGCUGAAGACCGCCUGCGGUUCUCCCUGCUACGCAGCUCCAGAAAUGGUGGCAGGCCAACGCUACGUCCCAUCUCGCUGUGAUGUCUGGAGUUGUGGCGUGAUACUGUUUGCCUUGGUUUGUGGGUACCUGCCCUUUGAAGACCAGAACACGUCGGCACUGUAUCGCAAGAUUCUCAACGCAGACUACCAGGCCCCGAAAUUCAUUUCGGAAAGUGUGCGAGACCUCAUUGCCAGGAUGUUGAACACAGACCCUGAGCAACGCUUCACCACGUCGAAGAUCCGAGCGCAUGCUUGGUACCGGCAAAUUGGUGAGGCUUCACUGUCCCUCAAUGGAGGUGCUGGGUCUUCCAAGAUCCUCGAAGAGGAUGUGCUGGACCAAUUAGACCGCUUCGGCUUUCCCAGAGACUACGCCAUCAAGUGCUUGUCCCCUGGCUCGAUUGUUUCUCAAGAGUACCACUACCAUGUGCAGGUGCUAAAAGAAGAAGCACACUGUCCAUGCUGCCAGCUGUUCGCUGUUCCAGAGCGACUCUCACGACUUCACUUGGCAGCAUAUGCCGCUUUGCCAGGCAGAUGGGGAAGCACAAUCACGUCACAACCACGUACCACUUGCUCGUCGAGAAGAAGAAGCGCUCGGGCGGAAGUUUGA